CGAACGGCAACCAUUCUGCCCCCAACCUCCGGCACAGCUUGGCCGCCUCUCCCCUCAACGGGAGCCAUUUUUUUGUGCAAGUUUUUUUAGUUUUAGUUUUCUUUUAGCUUUCCUGCGUCAUAGGGUUAGCCACAGAGAAGCGAAAAAUUCCUAAAAUUUGUGCGAAAAACUUACUGCUUUGCUAGGGCACCAGUGUGUCGUGGAAAUAGUGAUUGUCAACAGCCUCAUACCACACCAGUUUAAACGAGUAUUGAUUGAAAGUUGAAAGAACAGAAAAACCAAUAGAAUGGGGCGAGACGUGGUCUUUGUCUUCGUUUUGGCACUGCUCGCUAUUUGGUACAACCCGGUUUGCUCCGAAACUGCCGAUCUCGAAUUGUUGCAUGAAUCGGAUAGCCAGCAUCACAGUAUUUGGACACGGAAGGAGUUGGCUAAUGGCAGCAAAGAUAGCCAGGGCCAUUGCAUGUGGUACGGCACGUGUAAUGAUUGUGACUACGCUUACAACUACGCCUACCAAGGCGAUGCCAUGCCAAUUGGGGAAACCGAUCUACAAGCCCUCGAAUCGGUGUGCCCUGAACUCUUUGACCAGUUUGGUCCUGAAGAUGAGCCGCUGUUUUGUUGCGACUCGAGGCAAAUCAACGAUCUGAUCGUGAAUUUUGGUCAAGCCCUCAAUCUGGUGGGGCGAUGCCCGAGUUGCGCGCGCAACUUGCGAAUGAUCUUUUGCUCGAUGACGUGCGAUCCUCAUCACAGCCGAUUCCUGGCAUACAACACGACUCAAGAGCACACAAUCACACCCCAACCGAUAACAAAUUCCACGGUUGUCGUCAAAGCGCUUAACUAUUACAUUGAUGACACGUUCGUCACAGAGAUGUACGAUUCGUGCAAGGAAGUCACAAAUCCAUCGUCCAACAGUCUUGUCAUGCCCACCAUUUGCGGUCAGUGGGGCGAAGAUUGUUCCCCUCACCGGUUACUGGAUUUCAUGGGUCAAGGCAUGAGCAACGGUGGAUUUUCUCCUUUUGACAUUUACUUCCAGUACAUCCCAGAUGGCGAACCGGUCCCUAAUCCCGAUGUGAUCGAAGCUUUUGACCCUCAAGCUGUUCCUUGCUACGAAGCUAUUAGUAACACGAGUGGAUCGUGCUCCUGCGUCGACUGCUCGGGCAGUUGCCCCAAACCGAAACCGUGGCCACCGCUACCACAGCCAUGGACUGUCGGCUCUAUGUAUGGUGUCUCUUUCGUCAUGAUGAUGGUCUUCAUCGCAGUUUCAAUCACCUUUUUGGUGACUGUUUUCUGGAAGUGGCACGUCGAUCGAGUCGUCAUGCUGGACGACGGGCUGGAGACUAUCAGCCGAGGGUGGGAUUCAGUGGGGAGGCGCCUUGCCGGCGCCGCCACUCAUAAUCUCUCGCUACCGGCCCUCGACGAUGAAGUAGAGCCAUUGCACCAACCUAAAACCACUGCAACCCCCACUUCGGCGACGCAAACUUCUUCUGGCCAAGGACCAGCUCAACACCCAAACAGCCAUUCGCGCGGAGUCAAACGUCGUUCGCUGCAGCCGACAAUCUCUACCACGUCGUCUACCGACUCGCAAUAUGAAUACGUGCAGGGUUCGUUCAUGGAACGAGCCGGAGCAUCCAUGGAGAAGGCGCUCGAAUCUUUCUUCACCGAGUGGGGCACUUUUUGCGCUAGGUGGCCGUGGAUGGUACUUAUCUUCGGUUUGUCAGUUGCCGCCGCCCUUACCGUAGGCGUUAUCUACCUCGAAGUGACUAUCGACCCAGUUGAGCUUUGGGCUGCCCCAGAGAGUCGUUCUCGCCAAGAAAAGGAUUAUUUCGACAAGAGUUUCACCCCGUUCUACCGCACGGAGCAAGUUAUCCUUCACGCGGAAAACAUUCCAGGCUUUGACUAUGAAACCCUAUCGGGCACCAAAAGAUUCGGACCCGCCUUUAGACUCGACUUCCUCCUUGAAGCCCUUCACUUACAACACGAUAUCGAAGCCAUAAUUGGCGACGAGAUGAACACAACUUUAGGUGCAAUUUGCUACAAACCAAUGUUACCCGAUGUCGACGAAUGCACCAUUCAAAGCGUACUGGGUUGGUGGCAGGGCCGUGAAGACUACUUGCUCAAAUCCGUUGUUGGCACUACGAAUGGCUAUAAUUACACCUACUUGGAUCACGCCAUCUACUGUUCCAAGAAUCCACUGAUGCCUUACGAUAAUAAUUUCAAAUGGAUAAAUGAAACCACCGGGACCUUGGAGCAAAUUGGUUGUUUGGCUGAAUACGGUGGACCGGCAUUCCCCUACGUGGUUCUCGGUGGUUUCCGCAAUGGAGAAAAUGAAAGCGUUAGUGACGAAUCUCUGUACAUGAACGCCACCGCUCUCAUCUUGACUUUCAUAGUCAACAAUAAGGCAGACAAAGACCUCUUGGGUCCGGCUAAAGACUGGGAAAAGAAAUUUCUAGAGUACAUGAAAUAUUGGAAAGAAAAUAAGAUGCCGGGGUACAUGUCGGUCGCCUACAUGGCCGAACGUUCUAUCGAAGACGAGUUGACUCGUGCAAGCCAGUCGGACGUUGUUACCAUUGCCAUAUCGUAUUGCAUCAUGUUUGCGUACAUUGCUAUCGCUCUCGGUCAAGCUCGAUCCUUCUCCAGGCUAUUGGUGGACAGCAAGAUUACACUCGGUAUCGGAGGUGUCAUCAUUGUGCUCUUGUCUGUCGUCGCAUCGAUUGGUUUUUACGGCUAUGUUGGUGUGCCUGCUACCCUGAUUAUUAUCGAAGUUAUCCCCUUCUUGGUGUUGGCCGUCGGUGUUGACAAUAUUUUCAUCCUGGUUCAAACUUAUCAACGCGAACCUCGCCGUGCCAAUGAGAAACACGAGGAACACAUUGGCCGAAUCGUCGGUGAAGUGGCCCCCUCCAUGUUGCUUUCUUCUAUAUCCGAAGCAUUUUGUUUCUUCCUCGGCGCUUUAUCGGGAAUGCCUGCCGUGAAAGCUUUCGCUCUUUACGCCGGUAUGGCCCUGCUUCUGGACUUCUUGCUCCAGAUGACCUGCUUUAUCGGCCUGUUCUCUCUCGAUACAGCUCGGCAAGAGAGCAAUCGUUUGGACAUUUGCUGUUGCGUCCAAGUGGGCAAGAAGAGCGACCCCAAGGAUGCUGUGGCCGCUGAAGGAGCCCUUUACAAACUUUUCCAGGACGCCUACGCUCCCUUCAUCUUAUCUAAACCCAUGCGCGCCAUCGUAAUGGUCGUUUUCUUCGGCUGGCUUUGCGUGUCAGUAGCCCUCACGCCCCGAGUGGAAGUCGGACUCGAUCAAGAACUUUCAAUGCCUGAGGAUUCUUACAUGUUGGAUUACUUUGCUUAUCUCGCCAAGUAUCUUUCUGUCGGUGCCCCGGUUUAUUUCGUCGUGAAAGAAAGCUCUUACAAUUACACGGAUCAGCGUGCACAGCAAAAACUUUGUGGCGGCCGUGGCUGCGACACCGAUUCCCUCGUCACCCAAAUCUACUUGGCCUCCAAGAAUAAGAGUCGUUCAUACAUCGCUGCUACGCCAGCUUCCUGGAUAGACGAUUACCUAGAUUGGUUUAGAAUCUAUGAGUGUUGUAAAGUCAAUGGCAACACCGGAGAUUUCUGUCCAGCCUUCCAACCAGAUCCUUUCCUGGACUGUGUUGAAUGCGACAAAACUUUCAUCGACACCGAGAAACUGUGGCCCGACACAAGGACAUUCAACAACUGGUUGCCGACUUUCUUGAUAGAUAAUCCCUGCGAAUUGUGUCCAAAAGGUGGUCACGCAGCCUAUGGACAGGCGUUGGUUUAUAACGGCAGUCAAGAAAAUUUGACAGUUGGAGCAAAUUAUUAUAUGACGUAUCACAGUAUCCUCAGAACGUCCAAAGACUUCUACUCCGCACUGAUUGAAGCACGAGUAAUUUCCGAUAGUAUUUCCGAAACGUUGUCAGCAGUCGCCAACAGCACGGUGGAAGUAUUCCCCUACAGUAUUUUCUACGUGUACUACGAACAAUACUUGACGAUGUGGCGCGAUGUGCUGAUCAGUCUCAGCAUCUCCAUUGCGGCUAUCUUUGUGGUGACUUUCAUCCUCCUCGGUCUUGACAUCCAUUCGUCCGUCGUUGUUCUCAUCACGAUUAUCAUGAUUUUGGUCGACAUGUUCGGCCUCAUGUACUUGUGGGACAUUACGCUCAAUGCAGUUUCUCUCGUCAACCUCGUCAUGGCUGUCGGCAUCUCCGUCGAGUUCUGCAGUCACAUUGUCCGUGCCUUUGCCGUCUCGAUUGAACCUACCCGCAUCGCUAGAUCGAAAGAGUCGCUUGUCAGAAUGGGAAGCUCGGUUUUGUCUGGCAUCACGUUAACCAAAUUCGGAGGAAUCGUCGUCUUGGCUUUCGCGAAAUCGCAGAUUUUCCAAGUGUUCUACUUCCGCAUGUACUUGGGCAUUGUCUUGAUUGGCGCCGCCCACGGUCUCAUCUUCUUGCCCGUCCUGCUGUCAUUCAUAGGACCCCCUCAAAAUAAGCUGAAGGCGUGGCAGCACAGCAUCUCCUUACAACGACGAACCGUUCACGUAACACUCAGCCAAGCUGAAACCGAGAAUAACGACCUGGCGUAAAUCGUCAUAAGCUCUAUUUGAAGAACAGAAUAUUAGGGGGCGUGUCUCCGUCGCCGACGCAAAUUCUAAAUUAUCCGCAAUUUUCUGAUAUUCCGAGAGAGGGACGUGAUGAUGAGAUCCACCGCCAUAAGGCCAAUGUUGAUGUUCAUCGCGAGACUGACGUGGCCGCGGCGUCGCAUCCUCCCUCAUAAAUUGCCGUUCGUUCCAGACUGUCGUUGAUGGAUGGAAUGCGAAUCAUGCAUAGAGCACGAUAUCCAUUACUGUCGCUUGUCUUAUCUAUCCCCAUUUCCUCGGUUCACGAUCCCUCCUUUAUCCCCCAUAUGUUGUUCUGUAUCACGUGUCGUGGUGCGUGUGCCGAUUAGAUUGCUAUUGUAAUUUUCUUUUUCCUUGCGAUCAUCGUAAAUGUAAAACCCUGCCUCACUUAUGUUCCAAGUGUUGGAUGGUAAAUGUCACUCAACAAAAGUAUUCCUCCUCUUCCUUUUUUUUUCAUUUGAUUUCAUCUUCUGAAUUCAUUUCAAAAGGUUUAAUUUUUUUAACAUUCCCUUCGUCUGAGAACAUUUUUUUUCCCUUUCCGUGGAAUGAAAUAAUACCUACAAUUUGAGAUUUAAUGUGUAAAAAAAAAAAUAAUAUUAUCCCAUUGUGGACGUACCUAGUCGGCUCUGAUAAUUCGUAUUAACGCCGAUUGUUUAUUUUCGAUGAUAUCGUCACGUUUACGAAAAUUAACUUCUAGCAAUUUUCCCGUCUACCUGCCUUUGCCCUUGACCCUUUCCUCAUUUGUUGUCGCUAGUGUUAUUCCCUGUGCUUAUCAGAAUUGAGUACGGUCGUUCAACAUACACUGCUCCCAUACAA